AGGCAACGUGCCCUCAGUUGAAAACGGAAGGGAAAGGUAACUUGAUUUCCACCACGUUCAGCCGAAGUUAACAACACAACACAUUUGUGUUAAUCCUCAGGCCAACCGUAAUUUUAACUUUGCUUUAACAAAACUAUACUUAGUACACCAUGAAAACACCGGAGAUACAUGGUAAACUUUCGAGUUGUAUGCAAAAGGUAGGACCUAUUUAUUUUACUUCAAAGAUUUUCCAAGUUUAUGGGUAUUCUAACCAUUCCGCGCAGCGAUGCGCAUAGAAAAUAACACCAAACGCGUCGAAACAUACUGCACGAUCCCCUUACUUGAUUCUUCAUUCUGUGACUAUUGGACUAUUACUAUGGAUUGGAAGGAAAAUAUGACUGUACUGAGAAAUACUGCUGGUGGUAUGAAGGAACGCGUCCAGUUCGCCCAGCAACGCGAUGAUAUCCUUCCCAUGACACAGAAUCAGAUGGUUUCCUACGCAAGCAACGCUCAACAGAUGUACCAGAAAAUGUCUCUGUUUUUCCAAUAUAACAGCAAGGAGGACCAAGGGGAAGCCCAGGACGCUGCAGAUUCAGUGACCGAGGGCAUUGGAGCCAUUCCCUCUUCACUGUCUGAGCUCUGCUUUCAAAUGCAGCAGAGGAUACAAACGUGUCCUGUUCUAUCACCCUCUCCAGAGGACCAGGAAGCAUUAGAAUUGGUGAUGGCGUCCGAACUAGGGCUGAUCUGGCAGGACCUGCGGGUCUCUAAACCGGACCCCACGCUGACGUGGAGCGAGAACCAGGCCCUGCGGCACAAGACCUUCGCCGAGGUGCUGCGCCUGUGUGAGCAGCUCUACCUGAGCUACCUGCACCUGCAGCACAGCCUGAGGCGCCGUGCCGUCUUCACCGACGCCGCCAACCGUAGCCGCCUGGCAGCGCAGAUGGCUUCCGACUGCACCAGCGUGUUGAAUGUGCACUCUAUCCGGCGAGACAUUAUUGCAGGGAUCAAAGCUGAGCGCAAGGCCAGCAGGACCGCUGGGAAACCGAAGUCCAGAGAGGAACACAGGCGGCCGAUGUCAGAUGCGUCCACUGUCUCAGACAGAUUGAAGCUCAGGCCACCCAAAGGGAAGACGUGGCAGCUCUCCAAACAGCACAGAGACUUCAUCCAGAAAGACAUUGCAGAGAUCAAGGAGAAAAUUGGGGUGAUCAAUCUAGAACAUGUGUAUGAUCUCAUGCCCCAUCGCCCGGAGAAGACAGUGGACUUCAACAGGAGCGGAACAGAAAAGACAAGCCCAGAUGAAGACGUACCCCUGGUCCCUACUGAGGAUGAAGUGUACAAUGUCUCUGAUGGUUUCUUCACCAGACUCAAGGGGUGUAAGUCCAUGCCGGACCUGAGCAGAGAGACCCUGCUGGACGAGCUGGAGAUGGACGCCCCUCCCCCGCGCCCCCAGUCUCCGCUGGUGCUGAUGGUCAUUAGCAAACCGGUUGUCCAGGAACAGACCCUCAGUAUGGCCGAUGACCUCAACAGGUUGCUACAGGAUGACUCUUCGCUAGAUAACACAGACCCUGAUGUGGACAUCCCUCCUUUAAUCAAAGCCCGAUCCUACAAAAGCUCUGCUAAACUGCAGAGGCUCCAGGCAGUCUUACAGAGCCUGAGAGAGAAGAGAGAGCGGCUGACCCAGAGCAGGGUCCCCCUGAAGAAACCCGAGCACCCCCAGGCCGAGGUGGUCAGCGUGCCCGUCUCCUCUCACGGCACUGCCCGCUUGGCCGCAGCCCGGGUCUCUGACCGCGUGACGCCCAAGAAGAUCAACAUCAACAUGUUCCCGCCAGUCUACAAUGAUGUCAACAGAGAAAUUGAGGCCUCAUCAGUGCAGUGGAUGGACCGCAAUCUCUUUACUGGUGCUGAAAUAAAGGAGGUCUGUAAAGAGUUAUCCAAGGGUCUGAUGCAACAAUACCUCAGCUUUGAAGAGGAUCCCAUGAUUGAGCCGUAUAUGUCUCAGGCCAAACUCAACAGGCUGAAGAAGAAUCCCAAUCAACUCAUUAAUUCUGCGCUGAAGAACAGCAUCUCAAGCAAGAAAAGAGCGGACGCUCCUAUGGACCUUAAGAAGCCUUCAGACGUGACGUCGCGUGCCUACACAACCUGGUUUCAGUGGUGGAAGUCUCACUUGUCCCUGGACGACUUUCUGAAGUACCUCACCACACAGGAGUUAGACUACCUGGCUGUGGUGUUCCAGCUGCUUGACAACGAGACCAAGAAGGACAGUGAGGAAGACAAGAGAAAGGCUCUGCAGCAGCAGAGGGAUGAGAAGAAAAGAGCUCGGACUAAGAAGAUGGAGGCUCUGAAGAGGAUGAAGCAGGAGUACGUCAUGGGGGUAUGGAACGUGAACAGCGUCUUGCUGGGGGGGCUCUGGAAAGACCCAGUCCUGGAAGAGGAGAACAGUCCAGAUGAGGAAGAAGCUCCGGCAGGGACACAGAAUUUGGUCGUUCAGGAGCAGAGAGACGUACAAGUGGACUCAGACCAGCUGAAGCCCCGUCUGGAACGGAUCUGGACGGUUCUGUGCCUGCCGGACGGGCUUCGACUGGACAUGGCCAUUAAAUACAGCUCCCACGCAUACCGAGACCAGCUGGAGAAGGCCAUCGUUGCAUGGGAGCAGGCUGCUCGUUUGAUCCAGCAGAGAGAGAUGGUUCUGUCUAAACUGGAGGUAUUUGAGUGGGAGGCGUCAGAUCCCAACCGAUUUUUCCAUCCAGGCUACAAUGGCACGUCCAGUGCUAGGCUGAAUGAGUCUAAACAGAGAGAGGAGAUGAACACUCAGCUCGCCUCACUGGAGAGAGACCUAACCAAGAUCAUCAGCGACAUCUCACACUGCUUCAGAGACACUGUCACCUACAAUGGUCGGCCCUACCAGGAGAAGAUGCGCUGGGAUCGCACGGAGAUGCUCUACUGGCUGCAGCAGGAGCGGCGUGUCCAGUCUCUGGAGAGGGUGGUGACCAGGAAGGGCCUCCUACCCACCCGACUGCCCCCCCUGGAGCUGGCCCACGCCCACCCCACCCCACAAACGUACAGCCCCAAGGAUCAGAUUUUGUGUAGAGAGAAAUUACAGCCCUCACCGUCAAUUAGUCAUAUUCAACUUUGUGUCUCCAAUUUAAACUUGAGCAAUGUUACUAAAUAAAUAGACAAACAUGUUAUCAA